AGCUGCUCUCCCCCCGCCUCCUUUGAACACCACAGAAGCUGCUGCUCGUCGCCUUCAGACCAGGAGGGUAAACGACACGGAGUGAGAGCGUGUCCGAAGAUGGAGGAAACAGAAAUAUUGAAGUUUAUUUGUGCCAACCAGGGAGCAGUGAACACCGACGAGCUGCUCUACAAUGUGUGCUGCAGUGACUCCACUGACACCCUGUCGAACAGGGACAAAUUUGCUCUGUGUUGUCUCAACGGGCAGCCGAAGGUGGUGGCCAGGACCAGACUGAGACUGUGCAGAAAGAAAGACUGCCCGUGGUCGUGCGGGGGUCUCCACCUGUGUGUCAACUUCCUCUACAGCGGAUGCUGCUCGAGGAGAGUGUGCAGCUUCUGCCAUGAGCUGAAUUCUGCUUACAAUGAAGGGAUACUGAAACAGCAUGAACUGGAGAGUCUGAGCAGGACAGAGCUGUGCACACUGCUGCUGCAGAGCGACUACACGCUCCUGCCUCAUAUAUGUCAUGAUUACAACAAUAAAGGUGAUGGGGAGUUUGGCCGAUGUAAGGACGGAAAUGACUGUAAGAGACUGCACAUUUGUGAGCGUUACCUGAACAGUGACUGCCACUGCUUCAGGGUGCAUGCUUUUCACGCUCCACAGCCACUGAAAGUCCUGCAGAGUAAAGGUUUCCCCGACACUCUCAUGAGCUCUUUGAAAACCAUUUACAUAAAUAAAGAGGCCAUCCAAAACUCUGAUAAGGCCUCAGGCGACCACAGCAACACGCGCAGCCAUAAGCGGAGAAAUCCAAGGUCCUCUAACAGUGAUGCGUCUGCUGCUGACGACUGCAUGAGUGAUGCAAGCAGUGACGGUGGUCUGAAUUUGCCACAAACAGAGUGGUACGGACGGAGAGGUGGUCCCCUGGGAACCAGAGGCAACAGAGGUAACCUUCAACAGCGAUCCUCUUCCCCUAGCGACAUCCUUACUUGUAUCGAUGACUUGGAUCUGUACACUGAAGACGGUCUAGGUGAAGACGCCAGUCAGCACCAAGAGACAAACUCUACUACCAGUGACCCUGCUGAUGACAGCAACAAUGACUCAAGCAGCGACAGUGAUCAGAAGAGAAACAGACAACAGUACCAGGAUAAAGCAGCCAGAGGGAGAGGUGGUCACCAGGGCAACAGGGGUUCGACAGGUAACAGAGGCUACGUUGGAAAUAGAGGUAACAGAGGGAGAAGAAGACAAAGACCAGUGAGAGAGAAAACGGAGAUAUGUCUGUUUUUCAUCAAAGGACGAUGUAUACACGAUGAUGACAAGUGUUACAAAGUUCACGACAAGAUGCCGUACAGGUGGGAGGUCAGAGAGGGCGACCAGUGGACCGCCCUGCCUGAUAAUGAGGAGAUUGAGAGGGACUACUGUGACCCCAAAAAAUCACAGAGUUGUAGCACCCCACCAGUGCAUUUUGACACGAUGACCUGCGGACAGAACAACGUACGGCGACUCUCUACUCCUAACUCUUUGGUGGAGCCCACCUUCAUGUACACCACUGAAUGGAUCUGGCACUGGGAGGAUGGCUCAGGGAUAUGGAACAUGUACUCUUCCCCUGGUAGUGGACAUGACACAGCCGACAUUGACAGCACCAAACUGGAGCAGAAGUUUCUGAUCAAUGACAAAGAUGUGGUGGAGUUUACGACUGGCUCACAGUCAUACUCACUCAGUUUCCAGGAAAUGAUCCAAACGAACAAACAUUAUGGCACAAAGAGGCUUGUGAGGAGACGACCCCAGUUUGUCUCUGUAGCAGACGUCCUGACAAAGAGCGUGAGGAGACCUAAGAGUCAACCAACCUUUUGCCAUACACCAGGCCACUGGGAUAAGACCCAACUUCCUGAAACAGGAUACAGGCGGGUCUCCCUCGAAAGCUCGUCCGAUGAAUUCAAGGAGAUUGAAUCUUUGUUCUGUAAAACCAUGAAAGGCUUUGACAUCGUCAGUAUCGAGAGGAUUCAGAAUAUAUCACUCUGGGAAGUCUUUCAGUGGCAGAAGAAUCAGAUGAAGAAAGCGAACGAUGGACAGAACGUGAAGGAACGAAAGCUUUUUCACGGCACUGACUCCGAACACAUUGAUGCCAUCUGCCUCACCAACUUUGACUGGCGAAUCUGUGGAACUCAUGGAACUGCUUAUGGAAGAGGAAGCUACUUUGCCCGUGAUGCCAAAUACUCCCACAGCUACACCAGUAACUCUGCUGUCAAAUCCAUGUUCAUCUCGCGGGUGCUGGUGGGAGACUACACCAGAGGUUCCUCAGACUACACCCGCGCUCCUUCCAAGGACGACGGGAAUGUCAAUCUCUAUAACAGCUGCGUGGAUAAUGUCAUAAGCCCUUCUAUCUUUGUGGUAUUUAAAGAGCACCAAAUCUACCCAGAGUAUCUGCUGCAGUACAGGGCCUCAGUUCAACCCAGCACAUCGGUUCAGCCCAGUACGUCGGUUCAACCCAGCGUAUCUCCAUACCGACCCAGCACAUCAGUUCAACCCAGCGUAUCUCCAUACCGACCCAGCACACCAGCUCAACCUAGCACUUUGCACUACGAUCUCGGCACAGGCACGUACCAGUACAAACCCGCCGAACCUGCUAAACCACGCUUAGCCAGUUCUCCUCCCUCCACACCAAAGAAAAGCCCUGACUCCUGUGUCAUUGCAUAGGUGCAACGUUGAAAUAAAUAAUGUGCAUUGUGCACUAGAUGACCUAUAAUAGAAAUCAA